GUCGACUAUCGUAGUAGUACCUGGGCGUGGAAUCGGGGGUUAUAUUUAGACUCGUCAAGAUGAGCGAAAAGGCCAAGAAGGGAGGAGGCGAGUCGUGGGUCCAAGGCGAUGCGCUGGACCGGGAGCUGGCGUCGCUCAAGCAGACGAUUUCGCUGUGCAACCCAAUCUUUCAAGGCCAUGUCAACGACUGGCAAAGCACUUCGCAAGUGAACCAGGCCAUAGUGGACACGGAGAAAGCGCUCUUCGCGGCCCCCGCCAAGCCCUCCCGCGCCUCGAAAAAGGUCAAGCUCGUCGAACUCGAUCGGUCGUUCAAUACCACCCCCCUCGCCAAAGACAAGGACAUUGCCAUAUUGCUAGCCCAAGCUCACGGGCCCCCGGCCGCCUCAUCGGGUGGUAUUGGUAGUCGUGGCAACAAUCCCGACGACGGACGAGGGGUGGAUGUGUACGUGCCAUCCGCCGCCGCCGCGUCCAAGCCGGUUCCGAAAGCCAAACGGAUGCACAUGGACGGCAUCUUGCAUGGGCUGCCCGUGGCGUCCAACUACAAGCUGACGACGACAACUACCGACCAUUUUGCAUACAAUGCCGAGAUGUCGACCAUGAACCGAGACAAGGACACGAGUCACUUUCGCAAGCGAGACUCGUACUCGGAAUACGUCGAAGCCCGUGCCCGGUUUAGCAAAAUGCACAGUGUCACAUAACAACGUUAGCAGACAGAUUCAAACAACGAACGACAUACUUCAAUCGAA